ACAUAACACAAAAUGGCGGCCGUCAGAAGAGCACAACUUUAUUACAAUUGUGUUAUUUGUUAUACCGUACGCGAACUAACCGUUUGAAUAAUUUGUCGAGUUAAUUAACACGAUGGCAAAUUUGUCACCAGUUAUUUUAAGUGAUGAGGAGAGUGAGGAGCAGCAAGAAGCUGAUCCUCCUAAUCUGGAACAUCAAUUAGAUCAGUUCCGUGAGCAAUGGCAACAAGAAUUGAGUAAGAAUAAAGGACAAGUGUCCAAUAACCAGUCGUCAAAACCCAAGUUUGUAAGCAUUGAGGAAGAGGCAACAAGUUUAUUUUUACAAGGAGCUCAGGCUGAACAAAAUGGUGAACUAUAUGUUGCCAUUGGAUUCUAUAAGAAAGCUAUACAGCUUGUUCCUGAUAUUGAAUCGAGGAUAGAUUUUAGAAAGAUGAGAACACCUAGGGAGAGACAAGACAGUGAAUGUUCUGUUGAAAGUAAAACUGAUGAAGAAGAAGAUUUAUUGCUACAUUUACAGAAUCUAAGUGUAGAAAAACAUGCUAUUUGUGAACCGAUGUUGGAACAGAAUUCAACUCACAUCUCAGAAUUACCAAUAGAAGUAAUUAUGUAUAUAUUAAAAUGGGUUGUAUCAAGUGAAUUAGAUACAAGAUCACUAGAAAUGUUUUCACAGGUUUGUCAUGGGUUUUAUUUAUGUGCUAGAGAUGAAGAAUUAUGGAAGUUAAUUUGUCACAAGAUCUGGGGUCAGAAUUGUGGUAAAUUAAAGAAGUAUGGUUGUUGGCGUAAAAUGUAUAUAGACAGACCACAUGUACUCUUUAAUGGUUGUUAUAUCAGUAAAUCAACCUAUUAUAGAACAGGAGAGAAGAGUCUGGAUGGUUUUUAUAGACCGUACCAUGUCGUAGAAUAUUACAGAUUUGUUAGAAUGUAUCCAGAUGGUGUAAUAUUAAUGAUAUGUAGUCCAGAAGAUCCCCACAUUGUUUUACCUAAACUGAGAUACAAGUCGAGUAACGGAACUGGUUUAUUGAAGGGACAUUAUAGGUUAACUGGUAAUAAGAUAGCAGCUGAGUUGACUCGUACUAAAACCAACGAGACUGGAUACUAUAAAUAUAAACGUCGACAAGUUAAUAAUCACAAUCAAAUAGAUGUCACCUAUUUUUUGGAAUUUGAAGUUAAUAGCGGCGGUAAAGGUAUUCAUAAUGUUUUAAACUGGUCCAAAUAUUCUAUUUCAACCAUUAGAUCCGGAAAUCAAGAAAAUGUGUCCGAUGUGGAUUUAAACAAACAGUCUUUUCCACCAUUGACCUUUUCCCGGGUUAAAAGUUUUUGCAACCAAUCAGAACACCUCUUGGUGUAAACAACCACCAACCAUACAUGUCAACCAGUCCAGAAGUUUACACCUUUUAGACUGAAUACAUAAUCAAAUCAUAAUAUGCUAUGCUUAAAGAUUCACAUUUCUUCCUCCAUUAAUUAUCCUGUCAAAAGUCAAAACCUAGUAACUCACUUUUUUUUUAUCAAAAACACGACCUAGCAAAUUCCUUCAUUUGCCUAGUAUGCCACAGAAAAUCCUAGUAACUCAAUAGUCAAAUCAAUGCAUAAGCCGGGGUUUAAUAUUCAUUUAUUACAUUUUGCUUUGUUUUCUCAAAAUAAGAAAAACGUGAGUUACUAGGUGUUGCCUUUUGACGGGAGAAUUGUAUUUCUUGUACAAGGCUAUCACUUGUCAACCAGUCAUAACAUUUACAGCUUUUAGACUGAAUACAUAAUCAAAUCAUUUCAUUUACUCUGCUUUUAGUUAAAGAUUCAUAUUUAUUCCUCCAUUAUUGUUCUACGAGGCGGAAAAAUUAUAAAAAUUUAUGUGAAUCAUUAUUUUAUAUUUGUCUACUAGGAUAAGUGCUUAUUUAAGUGGCAUAGGUAAUAACACAAAAUAUUUAUAUGGCAAUCGGAUUAAAACACAGAUCCUAUUUCGUUUCGUUUUUUAUUGUUCAAAAUUUCGCUUUACUUGUCUUUACUACACUAGGAUCUAAAUGUAAUGUUCUGUUUCGGCGAGUUCUUGGCGUGUGGUGCACGGAACUGUAGGUAUCCCUUUAGAAACUACAACGCUGAUUGGUUAAUCAAAUGUUUGACGUUGUAGAUCAAAAGCCGCUCGUAUGACUCCUGACGCAACCUUCCACUAUAACCUCUCAGAUCUUCAUGUAGUGGAAGUCAUCGAAAGUAUAAAAAACGAAACGAAAUAUAGACCUGUAUUUUAAUCAGAUUGAUUUUUAUGGAUAACAAUUACUGGUGUGUUUAUUGGCGACAUUUCUAUUGUUAUCCAUAUAAAGAUGCCAUAGUUAUGACCCCCAAAAGCUUUUUUUUUUGCAUAGGAUCACUAAUCACAUUGAGCGGCUUCUCUAUGCAAAAUAUUAGAACUGUAAGAUCGUAACUUCCACACAAAUAUUGUUUUUAAAGAUGUUGAUAUCCUAACUGCGUUAUUAAGAUUGGAAUAGAUUUUUCUCUCAUAUCUCAGAAACUUAGUCUGACAUUUUUGGAGACUUAACACCUCUCAGAACUAUGACACAUAUAAAUGUUUUGUGUUAUUAGGAUUAUAUUAAUGAAGUAAUUGAUGCUAAAGCACCUGGUAUAUGUAAUUAUUGAGUAUCCAUGUUCCAUGAAAUAAUGAGAGCAAAAUGAAAGUAGAACUAGGUGCUAUUGAUGUGUAGUUAACUCUUUAAUACCUGGUACAUGUAAAUAUUGACUAUCCUGAGAGAAAAGUGAUCUUCUUUACAUUUUUGAAACCACUUAAAAUUACUGGUCCCUGGAUAACCUCAAAUAAUCCGAGUCACAGAAAUAUACAGUUAAACUUCCUAAGUGAUAGAAACUAGUAUACAGUUAAACUUCUCAAGUCACAGAACUAGUAUAGUGUCAGACUGCCAGUAUACAGUCAAAAUGCCCAAGUCACAGAACUUGUAUACAGUCAGACUGCCCAAGUCACAGAACUAGUAUACAGUCAGACUGCCCAAGUCACAGAACUAGUAUACAGUCAAACUGCCCAAGUCACAGAACUAGUAUACAGUCAAACGUCCCAAGUCACAGAACUAGUAUACAGUCAAACUACCCACGUCAAAGAACUAGUAUACAGUCAAACUUCCCAAGUCACAGAACUAGUAUACAGUCAGACUGCCCAAUUCACAGAACUAGUAUACAGUCAAACUACCCAAGUCAAAGAACUAGUAUCAGUCAAACUUCCCAAGUCACAGAACUAGUAUACAGUCAAACUACCCAAGUCAAAGAAUACAGUCAAACUGCCCAAGUCACAGAACUAGUAUACCGUCAGACUGCCUAAGUCACAGAACCAGUAAAUAUUUUUAAAUAGUUCACAUCUAUUCAAAUGACUCAAAUGAUUUGAGUUGCUAGAGAGAGCAGUAGUUUUGAGUGGUUUCUAAAGGGUUAAUAUCCUAUAAACAUCCAUGGGGAUACUGUAAUUCAUAAAUACAUUUGUGCUUAGGAAAUUUAUGAAACUAACAAUUACAACAUUAAUUGCUCAUAUGGACUAACAUUUAGAAUUGUUAAUCAUAUGGUCUAACAUUUAGAAUUGUUAAUAAAAUGGACUAACAUUUAGAAUUGUUAAUCAUAUGGACUAACAUUUAGAAUUGUUAAUCAUAUGGUCUAACAUUAAGAAUUGUUAAUAAAAUGGACUAAUAUUUAGAAUUGUUAAUCAUAUGGACUAACAUUUAGAAUUGUUAUUCAUAUAAAUUUUAAGAUCUACAAGAUUAAUUUCUAACAUGGACAGACAUUUACAUUUCGUAAUCUUAUAAAUUAGGGUCAUUUACCAGACCUGGCUAAAAUCAUAUGACAGGGAAACUUGACUUAAGCGAUCUGUAAUUUGACUGAAAUCUCAGAUUUGUUUUGUUGACAUUGAUAUAGAAAGACAAAACAAGAUGACAGAUUAUUUAUGAUGGCCGAUUUUACUGAUGGAGAUUUUAGAAAAGCUGAGAAAUUUGAUAUUUUUGGCACUUUGUUAUUGUAUCUAAAUAAUGUAGCCUUUUAAUUUAGAUUUAAAUCUGAGGUGGACAAUUUAUAACUUUUUUUGUGAAAAUUUAUGAGAAUAUCUUUAUCCUAAAUAAUUUCUGUGAACUAGUUCCUAGAUUCUGAUAACUUUUCCAACUCGGAGAACUAGUUCCUAGGCUCUGAUAUCUUUUCCACCUCUAAGAAUUAGUUUCUAGGCUUUGAGAACUUUUCCACCUCUGUGAACUAGCUCCUAGGCUCUGAUAAGUUUUCCACCUUUGAGAAAUAGCUUCUAGGCUCUGAGAACUUUUCCACCUCUGAAAACUAGGUUAUGAUAACUUUUCCACCUCUAAAAACUAGUUCCUAGGUUCUGAUAACUUUUCCACCUCUGAUUUAUAUUUUGUGAUUUUGUAAAAUAAAUUCUAAUUUUGUUAAUAAUUACGGUACAAAAUGAUAUUUUAAAGUUAAAUAAAUAGUAUGUACAUACAUGUUAUAUUUUCUACAGUUAAGUUAAAGGUCGAAGGUCAGAUUCUAGUAUGAUCAGUGGUUUAUAUUGUCAUGUCUGUCAAUAGUUUAUCAACAAGCUAGAAAUAAUCAUUUUUAACAGAAUUUGAGGGAACUUUAGAUAUGUUUUGUUCCUUUGGUUUCCAAGGCGAUGUCCAAAGGCUUAUUGAUAGCAAAGAUGGCUGGAAUAGUCGGCAUUUGUGACUGUCAUUUCUAUGUCUGUUUGUUUGGCAGCUCGAGUCGGGGAGUGACAUGGACCAUGUUGGCACCUGUUGCACGACCACUUCCGGUUUCAGAGUUAUUGGCUACAACUUCUGAUUCCUGGCUCAACCCAUGCAAUGCCGCUUGAACUGCUAGUUGUGUUUAUAAACAAGACUUGUUUUUUAUUAACAUGCAUCAUAUAUAUUUUUUACAUAUUUUAGAGGGAGGGGACUACUGUGUACUACCAUUUCCCAUUUGAUUCAAAAAUAGUUUUUGUAAUCCUUUUCUCUCUCAAUGCAAACUUGUAUCAAGGGAGGAAACUCUCAGUUAAUGAACUGUGCUAACCAACACUUUAACACUUAUUAUAUAUACAGUGAACCUUUUUUAGGUCAUUUUUGGGACUAAUACAUGAUAUAAUUUUAUUUCAAUAACCUGCUUGCGUGUAUAGGUCUUUUAGCAUUGGGAAAAAACCUUACAAGUUGUUACAACCCACAGACACUAUGAUCUAAAGUGCAUGUGUUAGACCCCCCCCCCCCCAUUUAUGCAGUAGUCCUCCAUUGUGCACAUUCAGUUAACCUUACCUUAUAUGGCAGGUCAUUAUGUUAUGUUUAUUAUUAUAUAUGUAUUUAUGUUAUUUACUAAAGCUGUUAUAGUUUUAGAAAUUUUUGGGUUUUGUAAAUUUCUUAAAAGGCAGUGAAGUUUGAUAACAGUCUCAUUUACAAGCCAGGAAAAGUGACUCCAUUUUGAAUACUCGUUAUCUAAUCUAAACAGACCAUUUUAAACUAUGCAACAAUAGAAACCCAAUAUUUUGCCAACAACUGUUUGAAACUAAACAUUAAAUACAAUCACUCCCGCUUAAACAGGGGGGGUUGGAUGACUGUCUGUCAUUGAGUCAACUUGUGGUUUCAACUCCCCGGUUGUACGUGACGAGGAGUAGGGUCGUCUGUCCAACCUCGUGGGUUCUCCGGUUUCCUCCCACUGAUAAAGACACCUACCCGCAAACGAAUUGUUGAAAUAAAAUUGAACUGUGUUAGUCCCGAAAUGACUUAUUUUGUGUCAAGUGGACGUUAAACCCCAUUUUUCUCUCUCUCUCUCUCAUAUACCAAAGGUUGUAGGGUUAGCCAGGAGAAGUUACUCGAUUUUGGAUUUCAUAAAGAUCUCUACUGCUAUCAACAUAAUGGGAUCAGAUUGGUGCCAUCCCACUCUUGCUACUGUCGCCAUUAUUAUAUAUUACAUGGUCAUAGAGUAUUAUCAAAAUCAGACCUGAUCAAAUAUCGUAGUUUCAAGAGAGGAGAGAGAAAUGGGGUUAAACAUCCACUCAAUACAAACUUGGGUCGUUUUGGGGCUACUAUAUGGUUUAAAUUUAUUUCAAUAAUUCGCUUGUGCGUAGGGGUCUUUAUCUGUGGGAGGAAACCUGAGGACCUGGAGAAGACCCAUGAGGUUGGACAGCCGACCAUGCUCCUUGUCACCUAACGGGCACGCGUUAAACCAGUUGGUCAACCCACCUCCCUCGUAGUUUCGAGUAAUAAGUAAUGACUGUUGAUAACAGUAAAUAAUUAACACUAAAUCAGUUAUGUGACUUGACUUCGGCAAAACCUGGGGUGUGUAUAGGAUUGCAUUUAUAGAAUUGUGUAUUGAUUUGUUAUUGAACUUCUUAAAAUCACAGUUUAUUCACUUCCCUGAAACUCAAUACAUCGAAGGCAACUCAACAAACCAUUAAACAGCUGUCAUAAUCAAGCAUUUAUCUAUACAUAUUCAGUUAAUUUGUAGUUUUAAAAAGUUGUAUUGUAAAAGAUGAUAUUUAAUUUGUAGUUUAAGUUGAUAACAUCCAUGUAUAAGAUCCAUGUAAAAAAUAUUUACUUCAUAGUUUGAAAGUUGAUAACCUCCAUGUAAAAGUUGAUAUUUAAUUAUCAACCUCCAUGUAAAAGACUAUAUUUAAUUUGUAGUUUAAAAGUUGAUAACCUCCAUGUAAAAGACUAUAUUGAAUUUGUAGUUUAAAAGUUGAUAACCUCCAUGGAAAAGAUUAUAUUAAAUUUGUAGUUUAAAUGUUGAUAACCUUCAUGUAAAAGAUUAUAUUAAAUUUGUAGUUUAAAUGUUGAUAACUACCAUGUAAAAGAUUAUAUUUAAUUUGUAGUCUAAAAGUUGAUAAAAUACAUAAUUCUUUUACUCAUUGUAAUGUAAAAUAUUAUAAAAGCUAUUAAUUAAUAAUAGAUUGCUUGAAUUCUUUAAACUUAUUUUUAUGUAAAUAGAUGCUUAUUAAAUAACUGAAAAUUAUGCCAUUAAAUUUUAAUUAUUUGAACAAAUUGAUCUUUUUAAUAGAAUAAAAUUGAUAUAUUUAUUCAAUAUAUAUUCACCUCUAUAACUUGUUUUAUCUAUCUAUAAUGUGUUCGUAGAUUUACAUUAAAUUUGGCGAUCCCAAUUGUGUAUUUUUUUAACAAUAUGUAAUUUCUCACAGCUUAAUACACACUAAAAUAUCCUCAAAUUGAUUAAUUAACAUUUAAUUAAACAUACAUUAUGCAAGAGCUAAAUCUGUGUAUUGCAAGUCUUUCUUUAAGCCUUAAAUGUUAUAUAAAUUAUUAAUUAGACAUUUAUUAGCAUGACCAAGAUCAUAAUCAAGUCUUGAUGCCAUCGGAUAUCUCUGAUAUUAAGUAGAUUAGAACGAUUCAGCCAUAUUUUGAUUUAAUUUAAAAAUGGAGAAGCAAGGCUUAGCUUCGAACAACCAUCUUGUCAAACCUUCAACGGCUUAUAUCUUCGCUCGCAAUAGAGUAAUUUGAAUGAAAUUUUCAAUAUAUUCAUUUUACAUUAUCAAUUUUUGAACUAUUAUAGCAAGAAUGGCGAGCUCUUUAUCUGAAUCUUACAUAAUGUAUCUUUAAUUAUGUUUAUGACCGAGAAAAAUUAGAAUGUCACUGAAUUUGCAUUGAAUUGUCAGUCUUUAAUGAAAUUAUUUAUAAUAAAAAUGAUUAAGCCAAGGUUAUGGCAUAAUUAAGGAGUAAACCAUAAGGAUAAAAUUUUUAUAUGGUUGUGCAUUUAGAUGUUAAGAAUUCACAGGAUUUUGUUCAUGAUUAUUUGUGUGUUUGGUGUGUGUGCCUUCAGGAAAGUGUACAUUUUAAAAUUAUUGGUGUGAAUUGGAAUUAAAAAGAUAAUUUUCAAUAAAUACAUAAAUCAAUGA